AUGCCUCGAGGUCAAAAGAGUAAGCAAUGCGCCCAUGAGAAACGUCGCCAGGCCCGAGGUGACGCUCACAGUGUCCAGGGUGAUCAGGCCACUGCAGCAGAGGAGGAAGGGUCCCCUUCCUCUUCCUCUCCUCGUUUUGGGGGUUCUCCCCAGAGUUCUCCUGCUGCUUGUAUUCCCCAGGGGCCUCAGAGAGCCCCAUCCACCACCACUGCUGCUGCAGGUGCUUCGGGCACAAGAGCUGGUAGAGGGGCCAAGAGCCACGGUGAGGGAGCUCCAAGUUCCUCUGAGGCCCCAGCCCCCACUGAGAGGUCACAGAGAGACCCUCUAACCAGGAGGGUGAUCAUGUUGUUGCAGUUCCUGCUGUACAAGUAUAAAAUGAAAGAGCCCAUUACGAAGGGAGAAAUGAUGAAGAUCAUCAACAGAAGGUACAAGGAGCACUUCCCUGAGAUCCUGAGGAGAGCCUCUGAGCAUAUGGAACUGGUCUUUGGCCUUGACCUGAAGGAAGCUGACUCCAAAGGUCAAUCCUAUGCCCUUGUCAGCAAAUUAGAGAUCACCAAGGAAGAGAAUAUGAUUGGUGGCAGGGGCUUUCCCAAGAACGGGCUCCUGAUGUCUCUCCUGGGCAUGAUCUACACGAAUGGCAACUGGGCCACCGAGGAGGAGAUGUGGGAAUUCCUGAAUAUGCUGGGGAUCUACGAUGGAAAGAGGCCCAUCAUCUUUGGGGAGCCCAGGAAGUUCCUCACUAAAGAUUCGGUGCAGAAAAAGUACCUGGAGUACAGGCAGGUGCCCAACAGUGAUCCUCCACACUACGAGUUCCUGUGGGGUCCCAGAGCCCAAUCUGAAGCCAGCAAGACAAAAAUCCUGGAGUUUCUGGCCAAGAUCAACGUUACUGACCCCAGUGCCUCCAAAGCCGUGUAUGAAGAAAUUUGGAGAGAUGAGAAAGGGAGAGCUGCAGGCAGAGAAUGGGCCGGGGCUGGUCCUAAUGCCAGGGCCUGGGCCCGUUUCCAGGGGAAGUCUAGCAGAUCGUCCCACCCUUAG